CACAUGGGGAAAUGGGUUGUUCAUGCUCGCGCGGGGAAGUGGGGUGCACGCUGGUUCAGCCACUGGACUUCCUGCCAGAGGCUUCCUCCGCAGCGUCCCCGCUGGCCAGCUCGUGAUGGCCACAGGACGCUGGGGACGGACCCUGUGCAGAAAGACGCCCCCGGGAAGCCCAGCGUGGAAGCCCCGGACGCCCUGCCGCCGGACCUGCAGCCCCCGGUGAACUGCUGCCUGAGCGGCUGCCCGACCUGCGUGUGGGUGGACUACGCCCAGCGGCUCCUGCAGCACUAUGGAGGCACGCGGGCCCUGGCCACCCUGGAGCAACACGUGGCCGAUGAGAACCUCAAGGCCUUCCUCAGGCUAGAGAUUCAGCUCCGCAUGUCCACAGCUCCCCGUCCCCCAAAAACCUAGGCUUCCCUGGGGAUGUGCUGCCCCGCCAUGCUCCUAGUGCAUCGUCUGUGCCACACGGGACCGAGCUGACACUGUCCACACCCGGGGCACUCAGACUGCAGGGUGACGGAGGCGGGGGUCCUGGUGCCCUGGGAGACCUGCCAGCCGGGACUGGCACUGCUGUGCUGCCAUUCCCACAUCAGAGCACCAGCUCUAGUGCCAGCUGCUCCCUGUUAGGUGCCUGGAAACGCAGGGAAGGGUGGCUCAGGGGCUCAGGCCCCUGCACCCACGUGGGAGACCCGCUCCUGGCUUCAGCUUGGCCCAGCCCUGGCCACC